AUGUUAAGUAGAAUUUGUGGUGCUCAAUUAAAGAGAACUGCAUGGUCCGCCCCCAGACAGGCUCAUUUGCAAUGCCAGACAAUCAAGAGAUUCUCCACAGCACCCAUUCUCUGCAAACAAUUCAAGCAGAGUGACCAGCCAAGACUAAGAAUAAACUCUGUCGCCCCAAACUUUGAUGCUGACACUACAGCAGGUAAAAUCAACUUCUACGACUACUUAGGCAACUCUUGGGGUGUCUUGUUCUCUCAUCCAGCUGACUUCACUCCCGUCUGUACGACCGAAGUUAGUGCGUUCGCCAAGUUGAAGCCGGAAUUCGACAAGAGAAACGUCAAGUUGAUUGGUCUUUCAGUGGAAGACGUUGAAUCUCACGAAAAAUGGAUUCAAGAUAUCAAGGAAGUUGCCAAGGUGAAAAAUGUGGGCUUCCCCAUCAUCGGAGACACUUUCAGGAAUGUGGCGUUCUUAUAUGACAUGGUGGAUGCUGAAGGAUUCAAGAACAUCAACGAUGGUUCGUUGAAGACCGUCAGAUCCGUCUUUGUCAUCGACCCCAAGAAGAAGAUUAGGCUAAUUUUCACCUACCCUUCCACCGUCGGAAGAAACACUUCAGAAGUACUAAGAGUCAUUGACGCCCUGCAGUUGACUGAUAAGGAGGGCGUGGUCACUCCAAUCAAUUGGCAGCCCUCCGAUGACGUCAUUAUCCCGCCUUCUGUCUCCAAUGAUGAAGCGAAGGCGAAGUUCGGCGAUUUCAACGAAAUAAAGCCUUACUUGAGAUUCACCAAGGCGAAAUAA